UGCCGACAAACACGUCACAAACGUCACCGAAUUUAUGUUAUAGGUUAAAACAGCUGCUUGGGCAACAAUUUGGUUUAAUUUAAAAAAUAACAUCUUGUAGUGUGUAGUGAUGAAUUAAACUUUAUUUGAAACGUGCCCAAAAAUACGGUUUUACUUAUCUUAAAGAGGCGGAGUAAUUGAUUCCAUAAAAAAUGCACAGAAAUAAAUUUUUUGUGUAUGCUGCUGGGAUAUUCGCAUCAUAUUUUUAUUUUGGAAUACUGCAAGAAAAAAUAACAAGAGGAAAAUAUUCGCGUGAUGUUAUUAACGAGGAGGGCGUGAAAGCGGUUGAAAUAGAACAAUUCUCCUUUGCUUUAACAUUAGUUUUUGUGCAAUGUAUUAUAAACUACGUAGUAGCGAAGGGCGCUUUAAGUAUAUGGACUCAAUCCGAAGACACUACACCAAAAUUAUAUUAUGUAAGCAUGUCUACUACGUACUUAUUAGCGAUGGUUUGUUCUAAUAUGGCACUGCAAUGGGUGCCAUAUCCAACCCAAGUCAUCGGUAAAUCUGCAAAGCCUAUUCCCGUGAUGAUACUGGGAGUGCUGUUAGGGAGAAAGUCGUAUCCUUUUAGGAAAUAUAUUUUUGUGUUUAUGAUAGUCUUAGGCAUUGUUCUAUUUAUGCUUAAGGAAAAUAAGGGUACCCAUCAUACGACAGAGGAGACAUUGCUAGGUGUAGGAGAAUUGUUGCUGUUUCUUUCUCUGCUUAUGGAUGGCUUAACAGGAGCAAUCCAGGAAAGAAUUAGAGCAGAAGCCAAACCUACAGGUUUGCAGAUGAUGAAAGUUGGCAAUGCUUGGUGUACUUUAUUUUUAUUCAUAACGAUACUUAUAACUGGUGAAUAUUUGGAAUUUUACGAUUUUGCCAUGAGGUAUCCCUAUGUUUUACACAAUUUACUGUUAUUGGGAAUAACAUCGGCAAUCGGACAACUGUUUCUGUAUUCAAUGGUAUCUGAAUUUGGUCCUCUUGUGUUGUCCAUUGUAACCACAACUCGGAAAUUCUUCACAGUACUAGGAUCCGUGAUUCUUUUUGGAAACGCUUUAAGUACACGACAGUGGACUGGCACUGUGAUUGUAUUCGCAGCAUUAUUCUUGGAUGCGUAUUACUCAAAAUCCGCGCCGAAAAAGAAAUAAUUUGCUAUUGGACAAUUUUUACCUAGCAGGUCUUCUAAUAGGAUAAUUUUAUGACAGAAAUUUAUUUAAUACUUCAGUGAAGUACGUUUAUUUACACAUCAGCAUAAUUGUUGAAACAAACGUGGAUGUUAAUUUUCUCGAUAUAUAUUUUAUUUAUAUAUUUUCUUUUGAGAUCAAUAAAAUUAUUUAUUUAA